AUGGCUGAUGCAAUCCUUUAUGGCGUUGCGAGGACAAUCAUCGAAAGGUUGGGUUCCUCGACCUUCCAAGAGAUUGGAUCCAUCUGGGGUAUGAAAGAUGAGCUCGAAAAAAUGUCAAACACAGUUUCCACUAUUCAAGCUGUUCUCGAGGAUGCAGAGGAGAUGCAGGUCAGUAAUCGUCAAGUCAGGGACUGGCUCAUGAACCUCAGAGAUGCAUUUUUUGAUGUGGAUGACUUGUUGUGUGAGUUCUCCACUCAUGUAUUGCGGCAAAGCGUGAUGGGUGGUACUAAAAUGGCAAGGAAGGUACGCAUUUUCUUUUCGAGUUCAAACCAACUUGCUUUUGGUCUUAAGAUGGCUCACAAAAUUAAGGCUAUGAGAGAGAGACUUAAUGAUAUAGCAAAUGAUAGAAACAACUUCCAGUUGGUAGGUCAUCCUUUAGAGACACGGGUUGUGACUAGGGGUAGGGACCAAACCCACUCAUUUGUAACCGAAGAAGAAGUUAUCGGGAGAGAAGGGGAUAAGAAGGCCAUCAUUGAUCUGUUAUUGGACUUUGAUGUGGAAGAGAACGUUUCGUUCAUAUCCAUAGUGGGAAUCGGUGGCCUGGGGAAGACCACACUCGCCCAAUAUGUGUACAAUGAUGAGAAAGUCAAAACUUAUUUUGAGUUGAAGAUGUGGGUGUGUGUCUCCGACAUCUUUGAAUUAAAAAUAAUUGUUGAAAAGAUCAUUGCAUCUGCAAUUGAUAAAAAACCUGAAAACUUUGAAAUGGAUCAAUUGCAAAAUAAACUUCGCCAAAAUCUCAACCAAAAGAAGUACCUACUUAUAUUGGAUGAUGUUUGGAAUGAAGAUAAGGAAAGUUGGUGUGAAUUGAAAAGACUUUUAAUGGGUGGUGCAAAAGGAAGUAAGGUGGUGGUAACUACUAGGACCAAACUGGUUGCGGAAAUUACUAGCACAAUCUCACCAUAUUUUUUAGAAGGCCUAUCAAAGAGUCAAUCUUGGUUAUUAUUGAAGCAAAUGGCAUUUAAAAAAGAGCAAGAGACUGUUGAUCCUAACCUUGAAGCAAUUGGAAUGGAAAUUGUAGAAAAUUGCCAAGGAGUGCCUCUUGCUAUAAAGACAAUUGGGAGGGUCUUAUACUUCAAAAACACAAAAGAUGAAUGGUCAUAUAUAAAAAAUAAUGAACUUACAAAUGUAACUCAAUCAAAGAAUGGUGUUUUACCAGUUCUAAAAAUGAGUUAUGAUCAUCUUCCAUCACAUUUGAAGUGUUGUUUUGCAUAUUGUUCACUAUUUCCCAAAGAUUAUUUGAUUGAUAAGCUGACAUUGAUACAACUAUGGAUAGCACAGGGAUUUAUUCAAUCACCAGAGGAAAACUUACAAUUAGAGGAUGUUGCCAAUGAGUACUUCAUGGAUCUAAUUUGGAGAUCCUUUUUCCAAGAAGCAGAAGAAGAUGAAGGCAUGAAUAUGAAGUUUAAAAUGCAUGAUUUAAUUCAUGAUCUUGCACAAUUAGUAUCAAGAAUUGAAUGUGCAUUGGUUGAUUCUAAUGCAAAAAAUGUCAAUGAAAAAGUUCGUCAUCUAUCUUUUCCAUAUUACAAGGUUUCAUUCUUUGCGGAGAAUUUAAGCACAUUGAUUAAAGCAAAUAAGAUACGAACAUUCAUUUUGGCAUACCAUAAUUGGAACUAUGAUCAGGGAACAAAGGAAGAAUCAACUCUCAAAACACUUAUUUCUAAUUUUAGAUAUUUGCAUGCAUUAGACCUACAUGGUUUAAAAUUGAAGACAUUGCCUAAUAUCAUAGGUAAUUUGAUGUAUUUGAAGUACCUUGAUUUUUCUUUUAAUGAUCUUGAGGUUCUCCCUGGUUUUAUUACUAAAUUGGUGAAUUUGCAAACAUUAAAGCUCUCCAUGUGUGAAAACCUUAGGGAGUUACCAAUAGACAUUAAAAAAUUGGUCAAUCUCAAGCACCUUGACAUAAGUGGUUGUGAGAAUUUGACUCAUAUGCCAAGUGGAUUAGGGCAAUUGACUUCUCUUCAAACAUUAACCUUAUUUGUUGUAAGUAAGGACCCUGUAGGUUCUUCAAAGCAUUGCGAUGGACUAGUAGAAUUGAACAAGCUCAACAACCUGAGAGGAAAAAUAGAGAUUAUAAAUUUGGCAUGGGUGAAAGAUACCACCUCAGAAUUCAAGGCUGCAAAUUUGAAAGAGAAAGAACAUCUUAGUGAGUUGGAAUUAAGAUGGAACCUGGAGGGUGAUGAUGCUGUAGAUGCCCAUGAUGAUGAAAAUUCCAUGGAUGGCCUCCAACCACAUCAAAAUCUAAAAUCUUUGGUAUUGAAUGGUUACAGGGGUGUGAGAUUUUCAAGUUGGCUUUCUUUACUCACAAAUCUUGUUAAAUUAUUUAUAUCCAAUUGUAAGAAUUGCCAAUAUUUGCCACCGUUAUAUCAACUCCCAUAUCUCCAAAAACUAAUUAUUGAUGAAAUGGAUGGUUUGGAGUACAUGACAGACCGAGAUAUCACUGAUGAGAUCUUUGCUUCACUAGCAUCACCGUCAAAGUUUUUCCCAUCCCUUGUGACGCUCAAAAUUUAUUAUUGCCCUAAUCUAAAAGGAUGGUGGAGGACAGAUAUUGUGGAUAAUGGCAAUGCGGCAAUGAGAACAUCAACAUCAUCAAGUAAUCACCAUCAGCAACACAUACCCUUGCCAUCCUUUCCGCGUCUUUCUUAUUUUUGUUUAUGGGGUUGCCCAAAGAUGACUUGCAUGCCGCUAUUUCCAAAUCUUGAAGAAGGACUUGAGUUGACAAGGACCAGCUUUAAGCCAUUGCAACAGACAAUUGCGAUGACGAUGAAUACAACGGGAGGGACUUCUUCAUUUCUAUCAUCUUCCUCUUCCUCCUCCUUCUCUCCUCCUCUCUCCAAAUUAAAGCAAUUGCGUUUGUGGAUGAUGCAAGACUUGGAGUCUCUGCCAGUGGAGUGGUCUAAAAAUCUAACUUCUCUUGAGGAAUUAGAGAUUUUGGGGUGUCCCAAUCUAAUAUGCAUAAUUUCCCAAGCACAAGGCGAAACAGGGGAGGGUGGUCCAAAAUUGCUUACAUCCUUGAGUUGGGAGCAGAUGAAGUGCAAGUUCUCAGCAUCAAAGAAAGCUGCCAUUGACGAUAAAGCAGAGUUCAGACAUGGAAAACAAGCUCUCGCUGCUGGAUUUACUUGGUUGGCUGACAAUCACUUCUGA